AUGCACUCCCAAGUAAUUGCACAGUUUAUUUCGCACGAAGAUGUCCCUCUUGGGAGCGUUAUGCAGCUUCCGGCUAGCAUAACGCUGGAGUCGCUUAAGCAGCUUCUUCCAUCAAACGUGGGCGAGAGGGACCGGAUGAGAAUGUUUGUCCACGGAUCAGAAAUAAUAACCACGCUGGAGGAGGCACACGCGAAAGAAAAGAUAGAAAACGAGGAAAUACUCAAGAUAUAUUGCUACCCAGACGACCCGCCAAAGAAAACGCGGGCGCCGGGAUAUCUUGCGUCUUCUUGCUCGGGGCACACUGCAGCCGUUUUGAGCGUGAAGCAGAGCCCGUGCAAAAAGUAUGUGUGCAGCGCGUCCGGAGACGGCACUGUCCGCUUUUGGUGUGGGUCCACGAAAACCCCAAUAAAAUCGAUAAAGCUGUUCCACCACUGGAUCCAAUGCAUUGCGUUUUCGCCAGACUCUAAGUGGCUGGCUGCAGGGUCUAUGAACGGAGGCGUUUCGCUGAUAAACAUGUCGGACAUGUCUGUUGUUUACUCUUGCAAGAUCCACAAAGACGGGGUUACAGUUGUUUCGUGGCGGGCGGACAGCGAGGUGUUUGCGACCGCGUCCAGAGACAGCAGCGCUGGAGUCUGGGGCCUAGCGGGGCAUCUUCGCAGUGUUUUUCAUGAAAAGCCAGUUAUAACUGUGGGCUUCUUUGGGGACUAUCUGCUAUCCGCAGGAAGGGACACCAACAUAAAGGUGACCGAUGGCGCUGGGGCUGUGGUCCAGGUUCUUCGAGGCCACAUACUGUGGGUUACUGGGCUGGCGGUCCACAACGGAAAAGACCUGGGCCAGUAUCUUAAAAAAAGCACGGGCGUGGAGAUGGGGUCUGGAAAGAGCUUCUUUGUCAGCAUCAGCGACGAUAAAACAGCAGUCAUGUGGCGGCCAGACUGGAAGGAGGACAGGGAGUGGGCGUUUGUUCCGGCAAGAAAGCUUGCGGGGCACAGGGACGUGCUCACAAGCGUAAGCAUUUCUUCAAACGGCUCCCACAUUGCGACUUCUUCGUUUGACAGAACAGUUAAGCUGUGGACAUCGGUGAAUGGGUACUUGGCCCACACAUUUAGGUCGCAUGCAUCUCUCGCAUACCAGGCGGUUUUCUCUGAAACAGGAAAUCUGCUGGUCUCGUGCUCUGCAGACAAGACAGUCAAGGUGUACUCGGUUGAGAAAAAGGCGCUGCUGUCUGACUUUGUGUGCAAAGACCAGGUGUUUGCGGUAGACAUAAAAGGAAGCAUGAUCGUAGCCGGAGGAAAGGACAAGCUUGUGUACUUCUUCACAUAA